AUGAAUCAUUUUUUGUUAAUUGUAAAUCUAAUAAAUACAUCUAAUCCUUUAGAAGAAAGUCCUUCUAAUAUGUCAAACACUGAUUAUAGACCAGAAAAUGAUGAGUUUAUACAGAUAUGUUUCCCUGAAAUAGCUGAUGUAUUAAUUGGGUCAGAAAAAGAUGAAAGAAAAAAUUAUAAUAGAGAAGAAGAAAGUUUUAAAUCUGGAACUAAAGAAGAAAUAAAACCUGAUAAAAAAAGAAAACCUGAUAAAAAAAGAAAACAUGAUAAAAAAUCUCACUUUAAUACAAAAAAUUGUAAUAAUAAAAUACAAAAAACAGAAGAGUGUGAAAAUACCAAUUUCAAACGUUUAUUAAAAACCAAUAAAGACAAAAAUAAUACUAUCCGUAUAAAUAAUGCAAUUACUAUUUUUGUAGUAAAAAAAACAUCUAAGUCUAAUCUAAAACGGAACACAAAAAUAAUUCAAUAUUCUCAUAUAAAAGAAAGUAAUUAUAAUUUCUUAAACAAAUUUCAAAAACUAACUAAAAGAAAGAAAUCAAAAUUUUCAUACAAAAAAAUUUAUUUAAAAUAUUAA